CCCUGACGCACGCCUGAGGCCGUACGCCUUUGUCCUCUCGCGAUUCGCGCCCGCGCCCUCAACGGCUGAGAGUCGGAUCCCGGCCUGGAGCUGCGUGGGUCCCGGGCCCCCCCUUCUCUCCGCCUUCGGGAACUGGGAGAACCCCGAGAUGGCGUUGGCGGAAGUGAAGCCCCAAUUACGGGUUGGAUCAUAUCUGGCUGGUGGCACUCCAGCCAUUGCUAUACCAAUGAAGUACAUCCUGGUCACAGGUGGAGUCAUCUCUGGCAUCGGUAAAGGGAUCAUUGCCAGCAGCAUUGGGACAAUUCUGAAGUCAUGUGGACUCCGGGUUACUGCCAUCAAAAUCGAUCCUUAUAUUAACAUUGAUGCAGGCACUUUUUCACCUUAUGAACAUGGUGAAGUGUUCGUCUUAAAUGAUGGUGGAGAAGUUGACUUAGACCUUGGAAAUUAUGAAAGAUUUUUGGAUAUUAACCUUUAUAAAGACAACAACAUCACCACUGGGAAGAUAUAUCAGCAUGUGAUCAAUAAAGAGAGGCGUGGUGAUUUCAUGGGGAAUACAGUGCAAGUUGUCCCUCACAUUACUGAUGCGAUCCAGGAGUGGGUCAUGAAUCAAGCCAAGGUGCCUGUGGAGGCUAGUAAGGAACAGCCCCAAGUAUGUGUUAUUGAGCUGGGAGGCACCAUUGGAGAUAUUGAAGGAAUGGCAUUUGUAGAAGCAUUCAGACAAUUCCAGUUUAAGGCAAAAAGAGAGAAUUUUUGUAAUAUCCAUGUAAGCCUUGUCCCACAGCCUAGUUCUACUGGGGAGCAGAAAACCAAACCCACACAAAACAGUGUCCGCGCGCUGAGGGGGUUAGGUCUGUCUCCAGAUUUGAUUAUCUGCCGAAGCUCAAUGCCUGUCGAGAUGGCUGUGAAGGAGAAGAUUUCUAUGUUUUGUCAUGUGAACCCUGAACAGGUCAUAUGUAUCCAAGAUGUUUAUUCCACAUACCAAGUGCCUGUGCUGCUGGAGGAACAAGGUGUUGUUAAAUAUUUUCAGGAGAGACUGCACCUGCCAACUGGUGAUUCUGCAAGUAAUUUGCUUUAUAAGUGGAAAAAUAUGGCUGAGAGAUAUGAAAAGUUACAGAAGACAUGCUCCAUAGCUCUAGUUGGCAAAUAUACCAAGCUCCUGGACUGCUAUGCUUCCGUGUUCAAAGCCCUGGAGCAUUCAGCCUUGGCCAUCAACCAUAAGUUGAAUCUGAUGUACAUAGACUCCAUUGAUCUGGAGCCGAUCACUGAAUCUGAGGACCCUGUGAAAUUCCAUGAAGCUUGGCAGAAGCUAUGCAAAGCUGAGUUGCUUUUUGCACAUAAUUUGUUCAUUUGCUUUGUAUAUGUACUUUUCAAAAUAGGAAUUUGCCUUGGGAUGCAGCUAGCAGUGAUAGAGUUUGCAAGAAACUGCCUUAACAUGGAAGAUGCUCAUUCUACAGAAUUUGAGCCAAAUACUUUAGUUCCUUUGGUGAUUGAUAUGCCUGAAUACAUCCCUGGCAAUUUGGGAGGAACAAUGAGGCUGGGAAUGAGAAGAACUGUUUUCAGAACUGAAAAUUCAUUAUUAAGGAAAAUUUAUGGUGAUGUUCCCUUUAUAGAAGAAAGACACAGACAUCGGUAUGAGGUGAACCCUAGUAUGAUCAACCGAUUCGAGCAUAGUGACUUACGUUUUGUUGGUCAGGAUGUGGAUGGGGAGAGGAUGGAAAUCCUUGAAUUGGCAAAUCAUCCCUAUUUUGUUGGUGUCCAGUUCCAUCCGGAGUUCUCUUCAAGGCCAUUGAAACCUUCUCCUCCAUACUUGGGGCUGUUGCUUGCAGCUACCGGGAACCUGAAUGCCUUCGUGCAGCAGGGAUGCAAACUCUCUGCCAGUGAUAGAUACAGUGAUUCGAGUGAUGACAGCUUGUCCGAGCAACGGAUAGCAGAUUUGGAGAUAAACUAAUACAGGACGUGGAAGGAUGUGGACUGCCAGCAAGGCAUCUGAAGUAAUUGAACUCAAUAUGAAGGAACUAUCUGAAGAAAUCACCACAUUCAUAGCAUCACUCUGUUCUCCACCAAACAUGGGCUAUAAAGCCUCAAAGUUAAUCUAAUACAUGUUUUCAUGAACCAGCACCAAAGGGGUUGUUUUCUUUUCCCUCCAGAUGGUGCCUUUGGUACUUAGAAAUUUCUGUAGUUGAUUAAAAGUUUUCAAGCAA